UGUCCGGAUUUGGAAUCGCUCAAUUAUGAUGUCCGAGCUAGGAGUUAGGCCCAAAUUACGAUGUUGGGCCAAGAUGAGCAUGAAACAGACACGAAAAAUCGGAAUUCAACGAAUUCAAUUUCUAAGCUCACGACCCCUUACAAUUGAUAAAAAAAUCAUGUCAGUCUUUCGAAUCGUUCAAUUCUGAUGUCCGAGCUAAUAGUUAGGCCCAAAUUACGAUUUUUGGCACAGAUGAGAUGUAAACAGAUGCAAAAAAUCUGAUUUCAAGGAAUUUAACUUCUGAGCUCACGAACCCCUUAGAGAUGGUAAAAAAAAAACAUUUUAGGCUUUUGAAUCGCUCACUUUUGAGGUCCGCGCUAGGAGUUAGUCCCAACUUACAAUUUUGAGCCAAGAUGAGAAGGACACAGACGCGAAAAAUGGGGCUGCAAGGAAUUCAUCUUCUGAGCUCACGAACCCCUUAGAAAUGGUAAAAAAACAUGGCAGGCUUUGGAAUCGCUCAAUUAUGAUGUCCGAGAUAGGUGUUAGGUCGAAAUUACGAUGUUGGGCCAAGAUGAGCAUGAAACAGUCACGAAAAAUCGGAUUUCAACAAAUUCAGCUUUUGAGCUCACAAACCUCUUAGAAAUGGUAAAAAACCAAUUCACGCUUUUGAAUCGCUCAAUUAUGAUGCCCGAGCUAGGAGUUAGGCCCAAAUUACGAUUUUGGGCACAAAUAAGUAGUAAACAGACACAAAAAAUCUGACUGCAAGGAAUUCAUCUUUUUAGCUCACGAACCCCUUAGAAAUGGUAAAAAAACAUGUCAGGCUUUCGAAUCGCUCAAUUAUGAUGUCCGAGCUAGGAGCUAGGCCUAAAUUACGAUUUUGGGCCAAGAUGAUUAAGAAAGAGACGCGAAAAAUCGGACAUCAACGAAUUCAGCUUCUGAGCUCACAAACCCCUUAGAAAUGGUAAGAAAACGUUUCAGGCUUUUGAAUCGCUCAAUUCUAAUGUCCGAGCUAAGAGUUAGGCCCAAAUUACGAUUUUGGGCCAAGAUGAGCAAGAAACGGACGCGAAAAAUCGGAUUUCAACGAAUUUAGCUUCUCUGCUCACGAACCCUUUAGAAAUGGUAAAAAAAACAUUUCAGGCGUUUGAAUCGCUCAAUUUUGAGGUCCGAGCUAGGAGUUAGUCCCAAAUUACAAUUUUGAGCCUAGAUGAAAAGGAAACAGACAUGAAAAUCGGACUUUAACGAAUUCAGCUUAUGAGCUCAUGAACCCCUUAGAAAUGGUGAAAAAACCAAUUCAGGCUUUUGAAUUGCUCAAUUCUGAUGUCCGAGGUAGGAGUUACGCCCAAAUUACGAUUUUAGGCCAAGAUGAGCAAGAAACGGACGCGAAAAAUUAGAUUUCAACGAAUUUAGCUUCUCAGCUCGGGAACCCCUUAGAAAUGGUAAAAAAAAAAUUCAGGCUUUUGAAUCGCUCAAUUUUGAGGUCCGAGCUAGGAGUUAGUCCCAAAUUACAAUUUUGAGCCAUGAUGAGAACGAAGGACAUAGACGCGAAAAAUUGGGCUGCAAGGAAUUCAGCUUCUGAGCUCACGAACCCUUAGAAAUGGUAAGAAAACAUGUCAGGCUUUGGAAUCGCUCAAUUCUGAUGUCCGAGAUAGGAGUUAGGUCGAAAUUACGAUGUUGGGCUAAGAUGAGCAUAAAACAGACACGAAAAAUUGGACUUCAACGAAUUCAGCUUCUGAGUUCACGAACCCCUUAGAAAUGGUAAAAAACCAAUUCAGGCUUUUGAAUCGCUCAAUUAUGAUGUCCGAGCUAGGACUUAGGCCCAAAUUACGAUUUUGGGCACAAAUGAGUAUUUUCUGAGAAGAAUUUCCUAUCUCCUUUUUUUAAGAUGAUGAAUGAACCAGAAGUUUUGGUGUGGGUUGGACAUUCCUUCUUGCUCAGAGAGGUUUUUUGAUCUAAUAUUGUCAUCUCCACUUGAGGAGUCUAGACGCUCCCUUUUCCGUGAACAUGCACAUUUAUUCGAGUCCGAAUUUUCCGAGGGCCUGGAGGAUUCAGAUUCGAUGUUGAGCUAUCAAAGCUUGCUGCAAAUGGAAUCCCAUCACUAGGAUCAACUAUUAGAUCAUUCUAGAAGUUCGCAGGACUUCAAUUCUCCAGGGUCUUAUUAGCUUGUUCGUAAAACAUGGUGAAGGGGGAUGCCCUAUCAAUAAAUUAUCCCGAGAGGAGCAAACUUCAGCCAUUCUAAUCCCAAAUUGCCUACGAGCUUCUUCAAUGGACAAACGACAUCUUGGUGUCUUAUGUUCGAUUAUACCGCAUUUCUUAUAGAAUAUGAAAACCCCUUCAUAUCUAAAGUCAAUCCAUUUAAAGAAGCCUUUAGUGUACUCAUAGAAAUAACUUGGAAUAAGUGGCUUUUCACCUCUAUAUAGACCUUAGCACGAAUAAAUUCUUUUGGGUCUUCCAUGAGGUAAGCAUCAUCAAAAUGAAUGACUCUUCCUAAUUUUGAUAAAGCUCGUGCAGCUACAUGGGCUCUAUUUGAUUUAAUGGAAUUCCUUCCACUUUUACCCAUAAUGGGUAGGACGCAAAAUUAAGGCUUCUAAUGGAAGCACUCGGGAACGAGCAUUUAAAGAAAACUAGAGCACCUUUAAAACAAGCGUUUCUUUUUGAGAGAAGGUUAUCUCCAUCAUUGACAAUAGUGCAAUAGAAGAAGUUUUACCUACUUUCUCGACUUUGACGUCUUCAUUUGUAAGCCAGCACGAAUUAACCCAAUUAUGGAUUUGGCUCACCGAAAAGUCACCGUAGUUUUUGAAUUGCCCUAUAACUGACAUUGGGAAAAUUAAAUAACAUCAGAUGGAUGCAUGUCACCUAGUUCAGAUGAUAUUACUGGACCCAUCUUUUUUAUACCAUGAGGGGGGCAAUUGUCGAAAUCCACAAAAUUGUUGGAACAUUUAUAGGGUAAUGGGUUUGAGACUCAUAUGGGUAUGUACUAAAAGAGGAGGAGGUCUAGUAUGCAAAAGAUUAGAGUACAUCAAGUGGCAAAAUCACGUUGAUAAACCAAGCUAAGGGAGACAGAAGGGCCGUCGCGAGUCGCGACCAGCGCCUCGCGACUCGCGAGCUCCUUCGCGAGUCGCGACCUGCCUUCUGCCUUGGAACGUGAAAAGAUGCCUUGACGGUUUAUAUCCGUUGUGAUGUUAUGGUCUCAUUUUAAUGACCUUUAAGGUCCUUAAAUCAGUGGAUUAAAGGCCUUUGAUGGGUGAUUAAAAUGGGGGUUAUGUGAUUAACUACUCUAGUCAAUGAAAGGUUUAUUCUUUUAUAUAAACCUUGGGAUUCCUAUGAGUAAAGGGUUAGAAAUAAAAUCAGAUUUUCUAUACUUUAAAAGACUUCUUGCUUUGCUUAAGAGAAACCUUGCAAACUUCUCUUGAGUGUUCUACACAUACACUAAACACAAGUUCUUGUUGAUUCACUUAGAAGAUCAUCUAAGUGGAUUGUUUCUCUUCAUUGUAUCUCAUUAGUUAUUUCGUGAUAACCCAGUGAUCCUAGAGGGGCGAAAUUAAACUAAUAGGAAAGCGUAGUUUCCGUGCCUUGGAGUGGGAUAUCCGGUUCUCUCAUUGAUCACAUCUAACAAUCUAUUAGUUUAAUUUCUCUUUUUUCUUUUCGGAUAUGGCUCAAACACUCAAGGACAUGACUAUGAACUUCCAAAAAGUUGGAUAAGUUUGAGGGGGUGGGUUAUCGUAGGUGGCAAAAGAAGAUGCACUUCUUGUUGACCACCUUGAAUGUGGUGUAUGUUCUAUCAACACCCAUGCCACCAUUCCCGGUAGAUGGAGAGGAGGAGUCCGCCGUGACUACAAAGAAGAGGACAAAGUGGGAGAAUGAUGACUACAUUUGUCGAGGUCAUAUUCUCAACUCUCUUACCGACCCUUUGUUCGAUCUCUACCAAAACGUGGAGAGUGCAAAGGAACUUUGGGAUGCUCUUGAGGCCAAGUACAUCUUGGAAGAUGCUUCAAGUAAGAAAUUCCUUGUUAGUAAUUUUAAUUCAUUUAAAAUGACUAAUGAUCGGCCUAUUAUGGAGCAAUUCCAUGAGGUUCAUCAUAUUUUGAACCAAAUAAGGUCACAUGGUAUGGUGAUGGAUGAGGCAAUUGCGGUUGCCUCAAUCAUUGACAAAUUACCACAUUCUUGGAAAGAUACAAAACAUCUUUUAAAACAUAAAAAAGAAGACAUGUCCAUGGAACAAUUAGGAACUCAUCUUCGUAUUGAAGAGGGGAUUCGGGCUCAAGAUGGGGUUAAGGAUACUACUCCUAGUAUUCCUAAGUCUACCGUUAACUUGGUAGAGGUUGGUGGGUCUAGUAAGACCAAGAAAUCCAACAACAACAACAACAACAACAACAACAACAACAACAACAACAACAACAACAAUAACAAAACCAAUGUUGCAAACAAGAAGAGGAAGACCCUCUCUUGUUGGAUAUGCAAUGGUCCUCAUCUUAAGAGGGAUUGUCCUUCUAACAACAAGAAGAAGACAAAGAAUGCACAAUCUAGUGUUGUUCAAAACCAAGGUUGAUGAUUCUUGGUGGAUAGAUUCGGGAGCCUCUAGACAUGUGUGUAACAACAAGGAUUUCUUCAAGUCUUUGAAAGAUUUGGAUGAUGGUCCAAUCUUGUAUAUGGGGAAUUCUACGGUAAAGGCUAAAGGUAUAGGCCAAGUAGAAUUGUUGUUAACCUCGGGAAAGACUUUAACUCUCCGGGAUGUUGUUUAUGUACCGGAAGUUAGGAAGAAUCUUGUGUCCGGAGGUCUUUUGAAUAAGUAUGGUUUUAAAGUUGUUUUUGAGUCGGAUAAGUUUGUAAUUUCCAAGGGUGGUAUUUUUGUUGGACAAGGUUUCUUUUGUAAUGGAAUGUUUAAAUUUAGUACUGAUAAUAAAAUUGGUACUAAUUCUAUUUACAUGCUUGAUGUUUCUUCUCUAUGGCACAAUCGUUUAUGUCAUGUGAAUUAUCGUAGAUUAUAUGACAUGUCUAAGAUGGGGUUAAUAUCUCCUUUCGAUUUAAAGUUAGAGAAGUGUCACACUUGCGUGCUAAAUAAAAUUACAAAAAAUCCUUAUCCU